AAGAUACGAUAAAAUUAUGUCAUUAGAAACGUUGAAGGGCAAGAAACAUUUAUCCCCUUAUUAUUUGCAUUUUUGUAAAUGAAAUUGGUAAUUAAACUGAUCAACAAUAUAAACAGAUAAACAGAAUCUAAAAUCUUGUGUAAUAAUGAGGGAUUAUUUGACACUAUAUAAAAUAAUUAAUGACUCUAAAAUAUACACUGAAAUUAUUAAACAUGAAGCAGAAUAAAUAGAAAACUGAAUGUUAUUAAAAACGUAUUAGUUUCUUAUAAGCAUUUAGAUUUAUUCAACCUUCAUUUAUUUGCAACACUUGAAUGUUCAAAAUAGGCUUGUUUUUCUAGGCACAAGCUCAAGAUGACCGUUGUACCGUCAAUAUGGAAAAAGAACAUUAUCAACCAACCAACAAUGAAAUUCCUGUUUUUCAUUAUUGUCGCAUCGAUAUUAUUAUACAUUUUACAAGUAGAAAUUCAACCUUUUACAAAUGUUAGACAAGUCUUAACUUCUGAAGAACAACAGCCAGGUGAAAAAUAUAUCAUCGUAUUUGAAGGAGGCAGUAAGAGUACAAGCAUGCGUAUAUUUCAUUUUAUUUCCAAUUCAAGUGAAAUCGCACUUAAAGGAGGAUAUUAUGCAAAAACAGGAGGGCCUGGACUUACCAGUUUUGCUGAUAAACCUUAUAAUGUUGCAAAAAAUAUCACUUUUUUACUAGAAAAAGCCGAAAAUAUAAUACCAUUUGAGAGAUGGAGUGAAACUCCCGUAACACUAAAAGGCACUGAUGGACUCAGAUCAUUACCAAAACAUGCAUCAGAUUCCAUUUUGAAAGAGGUAGAAAAUAUAUUUAAAAAUUCUUCCUUUGUAUGCAAUGAAAAUUGUGCUACUAUAAUAUCAGGAGAGGAUGAAGGAUUAUAUGGAUGGUAUGCGUUAAAUUUUUUAUUAGGUAGAUUGAAAAAUGAUGGUUAUUCAGCAGCAUUUAUAGAAUUUGGAGGAGAUUCCAUACAAUUAGCUUUUUCAACAGUUAAUUUAGGUACUUUGAAAUUAAUAACGGAUAACUAUACAUCUCUAUUCAACGAAUCAGAUAAACCAUUGGAAAUAUACUCUAAAAGUUAUUUAGGUUUAGGCUAUGAAACUACAAGACUAUCAAUUUUACAGUUGACAAGCGAUGGCACAGCUCUUUCGGAGAAUGAAAACAUCGCAAUACUGUCCAGCCCUUGUAUAAACCCUUCACACAUUCAACUCUGGGUACAAAACGCAACCAGAUAUGUUGUCAUUGGCCAGAAAAGAGGUAAUUUUAGUUAUGAGCAUUGUUACGAAAAAAUCAUGGAAUUUCUUGGAGAUACAGUGGAAAGGCCACCGAACUUAAAUUAUCAUGACAUUUACGCUAUCAACAUUAAUAUGGGAGAGUUCGGCGUUGUAAGCGGAGACGACUCAAAAUAUACUGUCGAUGAACUUGUGAAAACUUGCAUUAAAUUUUGCUCAUCUGAGGCACCCGUUAUUGGAAAAUUUUCGUGCCUCGACUGUACUUACUUAAUAGCAUUUUUACAGCAUGGCUUAGGACUCAGUCAUGAAAAAGAAAUAACGUUUCAGAAUAAAAUUCACGGAAUUGAUGUAAGCUGGAGUUUGGGUGUGGCUCUCGAUGUGGUGAAACAGUUAUGAUUCACACUUCAGUGGAUAUGCGAUCCGUUGUCAAAUAAUUUAAACAAUGUAAAAGAUUUAGAUGUUUCUGCUUGUGCUCGUGUGUAUAUGUUGUGUUCGUGUGUCUCUUAUAUCGUUCAUAAUAUUUUAAGUUUUAGUAUUCAACUUGUUCGGUAAUAAUUAUAUACAACUAAAUAAUUUAGCUGAAAUAUUUAGAAGAUUUGUAAAAAUCUCAAAUAAUAAAAUCAAUUUU